AUGGAGGGUGGAAGUAGUUCCAGCAAGAAGCCGAAUACUGCGUCCAUUAAUAUAGAAAACAACUCCAUCGUGUUCGAAAUGGACUCGCAUAAAAUUACACACAACAAUCAUAUUCUUCACAAAUUAGAAGAGGAUGGACCUACUACUCCGGAUGAAAAAGCAAAAGAACUAUUAACAAAGAUAGCCGAAACAAAGUUUUUAUAUGCUCUAAAAUUGCUUUUUGAAAACCCGCUUAAUCAAUUUUCGCCUCGAGUUCUUAGGGAUUCAUUAAUUGAAUUAUCUGAUCCGACACCUUUUGACUAUUAUGAAAAACAAAGUGAGGUUGUAUUAGAAUUACACUUACGCACUUAUGUUGCUGUCUUAGAACAAAUUUGCUUCUCACCAAUGCGUUUAAGUAAAGAACUUCGAGAUAGAGUUUACAACUCUUUGGCAAUGUUUUCAGAGAUUCAUAGAAAAAUAGCGCAGGUAAUGCAAGAAGGAAUUAAUAAUAACUUUAGAUCGAAUUUCAAUCAAUUCAAUCAACGAAAUGAUGAUAUAAACGACAGAAAUAUCAUUAAAAUUAAAAGACGUAACUAUAAUAUUGACUUUUUAUUAAUUCACUUACGAGAUACAUUACAUAGCUUGCGUGAUGACGAAACUUGGUAUCAAGAAAUUUUGAGGAGAACUAAAGAUUUGUUAAAGGUCGCUUUAAAUAUUACACCGGGAAUUUUAUCGAAUGUAGCGCCCAUUCCAAAUGACAAUUGUUCGAUAUUAAAUAUGCUUACUCAAUUGCGUCAAGGCCUAAGUUUUAAAUAUCCGGUGGCGUCUUAUUAUGUGGAUUGGAGAAUUAUGUUAAUAAUUCAUAAUAAUCUGUUCAGAUGGAUGGAGAAUAAAAAAAAUAUAAUUAGUAAGAAGUUUGGAGAAAGAAUCUUGAUAGAAUACCUUUGGGGUUACUCGGAGAUAGAAUGGAAUAAUAUUGCUGAUAAAUCCAUGUUAGAUUCGCAAACAAAGUUUGAUGAAGUUUCAAAUAAACUUGUCAAGAUAUUAAGAAAUUCUGGAAGUUUCAUAAAUGAUCUUGCCGGAAACGAGCCUCUCACAUUACCAAAUACGUUAUGGUUUGGAGUAUUAGAUCUUGCACAAAAUCUUGUACUGAAAUCUACCCAACCAGUUAUUUAUGGACUUUGUUAUUAUUUGGCAAUUGAAUCACUCAAUAGAGCGCCAAACAGUUUUAUUCAAUAUAAAGCAAUUGAAAUAUUAUUACAAUUACAAACAAUGAAUCACGAAACAUUUUCAAUGAUAGACCUUGAUUUUGAUCAAUAUAUUCAAAAAUUAGAAACGGAUGCUUCAGAAAAAUUUCAAAGCUUAUUAUCAUUUACUAAAGAAAAAUGUCACAUUGAUUUCAAUUUACUAAACGAUGAGAUCGAAAACGGAAAAGGAAAAGGAAAAGGUAUAGAUCAAAAUAGGAAAGAAAAAAUAAUAAUUUCUUUCGAUAUUUUAAACGUUAUUGCAGAUGAAAUGGCUUGUCCGAUUAGUAAUGAACCAGAGGAGCAAUUAUGUAUCCUGAAAUGUCAACACGUGCUUUCAUUAAAUAAUUUAAACAAAUUAAGACAAAAAACUUGUCCUAAAUGUAGAGAGCUAAUUGAAGAAAAUAAUAUUAAACAUUUAUCACAAAAUGCUAUUUAUAAAAAUUUAUAUUCAUAUCUUCUUGAUGGAGGAUAUAUUUUACCUUCAACUGAGUUAGAAGAUUUAAAUCAAAAUACAUAUGAAA